AUGACAGCCCAGGGAAAGAACAUGAAAGAGAAGGUAAUUGCGUUAAAGCCCACAAUUCUGUUCAACAUGAAAGGGAUGAGAAUCACUCUUAAUACGGUCACCAUACCGCCUACACCUGAGCUUACAUCCACGUUCAUAAGUGAUGGAUCACAAAUCGCCUCAUGGAGAUAUGAUACAGCAACUUCACUAGUCUGUGACUCCGAGGAAGCGGCGAUUACCAUGAAUUGUUCAAUGAAUUCGAUCUGCGUCUGCGAGCCAGCAGAGAGCACAGUAAACUGCGCCUGCAACAACAUAAAUAUCACAAAAAUCUUCAAGACAGAAGUGGAGAAUCGCCUUCCAGCAAGAAGACCAUGGAUAAAUUCAGCAGCAGUUCGUCACGAUCCCUCGACAUUGUCAGCACCUAUACCUUCAUUUUUGACAGCAGAACUUCUUGUUCACGUCAUAGACAAGUUCGACAAGACAGUCAUCAAACUUACCGGGUUUAGGUGCAAAGUGAGAAAUGCAAUGGUUCAAGGAUGUUACAACUGCCCAUAA